UUGCGUGACCUUCUCAAUUGAAUGAGCUAAGUGUCACUUCCUCAGCUAUGACAUUGUGGCAACAACGCUUAAAUGUGAAUUAACUAAUGUUACAAUUAAUUAACAUGUACUUAUUGUGUAAGCCCUAUUUGCUGGUGUAUGGCACGGCACUUUCAUCUCGUGCUCCGCAGUGAUACCACGAAGAGUUUUAUAAAAGAAAAACAAAUAUAAAAAAAAUAUAUCACUCGGUAAAAAAAAAGUUAAUGGUGUGCUAUUAAGAGUGUAAAAGAUGAAGUGGUUAUUUUAUUUAAUAGUUCUGGUAUACAUGUUGUAUAGAGCAGUAUACGCAAAGGAAACAAAUCGCGUGACGGUGGAUAAGAUAGAUUACUAUCGGAAGUCGCCAUUUUGGAAAGCUGGCAGUCGCCAUUCCAUUAAUUGCAAAGGUUCGAGUAAAAGUCAAAAGAUUGAAUGGACAGACCCAGCUGGUAAAGCUAUAAAGCAGAUACCAUCAAAUAGAGUAUAUGCCUUGGAGCAUUCCGUGCCGUCGCCCGCAGGUCGCAUUCCUGCUUCACUAUUACACUUCAAGUCCGUGACGCUGGACGAUACUGGAUUGUACACGUGUCGUUCUGGUGACUCAGAAGAUCACGCGGAAGUUUGUGUUAUUGAUCCUGUAGUGUUCAAGAAUAUACGAACUGAACUGACGGCAGAUCUCGGUCGGUCUAUAACGUUAAAUUGUCACGCCAAAGGCAAUCCUGAACCCAGGAUUCAGUGGAAAAGAAAUGAUAAUCUUAUUAAUGAAGGACAAGACGACACGAAAUAUAAAUUGAAUACGAAAUUCAGCAGCGAUGGAUUCGAGAGUUCACUCACUAUAUUUUCAUUGACGUCGGAAGACAGCGGAUUGUACUCGUGCGUCGCUAUACAAGAAAACACAGAACAGUGCAAACACUCAAAUUAUGUGAACACCACUCUAAACGUGAAUCAUGCUCCGAUUUUUGAAGACGGGAAUGAUACCGAGUUGGUUUAUGGUCGAUUCAAUCAGAGUAUUAACUUGGUUUGCUCCGCAAGAGGAUAUCCCGCUCCCACAUAUCGGUGGUUCUCAAAUAUUAACGAUAGUACCCUAAUCGAGUUUGACAAGAAACAAAUUGAAUUCAACCAAGAAGCCAACACUGCUAUAUUGACAGUCACGGUGAAUCAAACCGAAACCUUCAAAUGCUCAGCCAAAAACGAAUAUGGAGAAGCGGAAAAAGAUUUUAAAUUGGUGGAAACUACGACGAACCCCGCUGGCGGUUUUGAAAUUCAGUAUUUACAUGUGUCUGGAUUUAAAGAAGAGCCUAGUGAAAACGAUUGGAAAAAUGGAGAGCUUGUUACAAAAGAAUUUCCUAUCUCUGAUGACGAUCCUGAUUUUAAAGGGUCCAUAACCAAGUUGAGUGAAUUAGAAAAAAAUAUGAAUUACUGGGUUCGUAUUAGGGUUUCGAACAGUGCUGGUGUUUCUACGUGGUCUACACCCAUACAAAUUGGAGCUCUUACUGAAAACGAGGAUUUGCAGGAAGAACCACAAGAUGAAGAGAUUAGUACUGAAAGAUCAAAGAGUAUUGCUGUUGGAAAUAGUGAUGUGACAUUCUAUGGGAUCUUCUUUGCUGGAGGCAUUUUGGUCGUAGCUGCUGUCUGUAUGUUUGUCAUGAGGAUGGUUUAAGAGAUACUCUAAUACGUAUUCUAUUUAUAUUUAACCAUGAAACCUUUUAUUGUAUUUAUAUUUAUUUAUGUAUGUUUAUAUUUGCGGUAGGUUAUAUAUUCAUAUGUGGUAGAGAGACGAUUCCUUACACGACUACAUUUAAAAAUUAUAACCUAAAUCGUACGUAAGUACAGGUAUGUUCAUAUAAAAACUAUUUUACUGGUGGUAGGACCUCUUGUGAGUCCGCGCGAGUGGGUACCACCACCCUGCCUAUUUCUGCCGUGAAGCAGUAAUGCGUUUCGGUUUGAAGGGUGGGGUAGCCGUUGUAACUAUACUUGAGACCUUAGAACUUAUAUCUCAAGGUGGGUGGCGCAUUUACGUUGUAGAUGUCUAUGGGCUCCAGUAACCAUCUAACACCAGGUGGGCUGUGAGAUCGUCCACCCAUCUACGCAAUAAAAAAAAAAAAUAUAUAAGUAAAUAAGUAUCCUAAUGUCGCAUAAAAAUCGCUUGACACGGUUAUCAAUGGUUUUUUUAGAACAAGUGGGUGCCAGUUUAAAUUCUGUUAAUCCCCAUUAUUUGUUUCUUGUGCAUUCCGGGUGUAUUAAAUAUUAUUUUUUUAUUAAAAGCUAAAUUAUGUCCCGCUAGGCCAAAAUAUCGUUUCCGUCGGAAUAGGAGUUUGUUACUACUUCAGCUUCGAAAGCCGCUUGCAUAGGUCCAAGGUCCUGUCUAAUGCAAUACUUAAUUCGAAUUGAAGUCUGAGAAAAUUACUUUCAGAUUGAAUUUUCUGUUUGUGGUGAUUCAAUCUUUUCUACUGCGAACUGUAGUUUUUAUUGACUUAUUCUGAUUCCUUCACGUCGGAAAUCAAUUUGAAGUCGCAGUUAAACUGUUAGCCUAACCAACAAAUGGAAGAUGAUUAGUUCCUUGAAAAUAAUUAUUGUAUUCUUCGCUAUCGCACACGGGAUAGCAACGUCGUCCUGGAUAAAAUAAUGAAGAUAUUCUUGAUAUCGCACGGGAAGGCAACGUAUACCUGGAUGUUUCUACGGCUAAGUAAUGUGGUCUGGUUUGAAGGGCAGAAACUUCAAUACUACGUCCGAAGCUGCAUGUCGAUCUACCUAUGUAGAUAAUUAUGUAUUGUACUGAUUUGAUGAGGAUGAUUUUACAUAUCGACGCGUGAAAGGCAAACGUGACUAAGCGACAAUAACUGCUUUGUACAUAAAUGAUAGGCAAUAACCAUAUUCGAUGCGCAAAAAAUAUAUAUUUCCAGGUCUAUUAAAAUAAUUUGAAUCCUACGGCUAGAUUCGUUAAAAUAUAAUUUUUAUCAGGUAUUUCAACUUUAAAUAAUUAGUCUAGUGUAAAUUUCACGCAUUGUCGCUUAGUCACGUUUGCCUUUCAAGCGUCUAUAUGUGAAGUUUUUUAUUAGUUUCUAUAUCGGUUACUAUUAUUGUGAGCAUGUAUUUUUUAUGUAUGAUUGAAAUAAAAAAUAAAAACGUU